AUGAACUGGUACAUCUCAAAUAUCGCCUUUUCAAAUUACACUGGUUCCGAUGGUCCUGGGCGUCAGAAAACUUCUGACGAAAUCGAGUUUGCAUCCUCAUGCUCGGAAUCUCCCAAUCCAGAUACCAAUAAAAAUAGCGCCAACCAAUCGCAACGAACAAAUCCUGUAAAAUGCCGAGCCAGUAAGCCAUCAUCUUCUCGACGUCAGAAAUCAAACAACUUGGCAUGUUCCUGGAACGCUGGUGACCAGACUGAAGAUUCCGUGGCAUCGGCAUUUGAACAGGUUUGUAGACGAGGCAAAAAAGUGGGAGCUAAUCGACUAAUAUCCUGUCUUCGUGGAGCCACUUCAGCUGUCGAUAUUCGACGGAGUGCAAAUCGAACUUCCUCAGGGUGUCUCAAGAAUCGAGGCAAAUCCAUGGAAAAUCUUCCAGAUAACACACCUUUGGACGUUCAACUGCUCUACAAACUCCAAGAUGAAUUGUAUGACUUACAUGAUCGCCUACAAUUUGCUGAAAAUGCAAAUGCAUCUCGGUUGGAUGAAGCAAUUGAACAUAUUGGAGUUCUGGAAAGUGAAUUGAAACGCAGCCGUAGAUUUCGUGGUAGUUCAGGAGAGAUAUUAUGGCAAAAUCAACUAUACGAGGGUCUCGAAGAAAUGCGAAGAUGUCGUGAUAGCAUUUUAGAGCUUCAACGAAAACUUACUCGAGGAAGUGCAGAUGUCCCGCAUGGUAAUUUUGACCUUGAUAUCCCCGGUACAACAUCCGAUAUUAAUGAAAUGAAGAACACCUUAAACGCCCAGGAACGAGAGCUGUCAAAAUUGACAAGAGUUGUCAAUCGAUUGUCACAGAACGGUCACGUGGUUGAUAACUCGACGGCUGAAGUGACGGAGGUGGCACGAAUGGCGCCCUCAAAUAAGCUUCUUUGCAAUGUUGCUGAACAUCAUAAUUUGGAGGACUAUCUUCAGCAUAUUCAAAGUGUUGCUGAUGGCCUACGUCAACAACUUCAAGAUAAGAGGGUAAGCUAG